GUCUUUGCAGUGACCAGGUCCUUCGUAUCACUGCGAAGGAUGAGGUCCAGCUCGCUCUCCUGAAGGACCUGUCUGAGAUGGAACAUCUCCAGGUGUGACAUGACAAUGAUCAUCAUCAUCAUCAUCAUCAUCUCCACCACUGAAGCCACAUACAUCUUACCCCACCACCUCAUUCAAAACACUAUAGCCUACUGCAUUGACAUUUCCAUUUCAAAGCGAAGUUCGACAAACAUUGCUAUGAACACAGUAUGAAUUCGAAUUAAUUCACUAGCCCAAGAACUGGGAGGGAGAAAUAUAUGUUUGUCAUGGUCAUGGGCAAAGAAACUCAAAAGGGGUGAUAAUGUUAAUUAACAAUAAUUUUGAUCCGAUUGUGCAACCACAUCCUGAAGGAAGAUGGAUCCUUCUAAAUAUGCUAUUGGACCAAAAACAGAUUUGGCUAUUUAAUCUAUAUGGUCCAACUAUUGAUGAUCCACACUUCUUCGAAAAUAUAUAUAAUAAUCUAUUGAGCUCACAAGUAACAAUUGAAUCGAUUAUUAUGGUGGGGAUUAUAAAAUGGUUUCAAGUACCUCAAAGGACCGUAAAGGAAAUCACACUACAAACUAUCACCCUCAUGCACUUAAGGAGAUCACGAAUAUCAUGGAUACAUUAGAACUAGUAGAUAUAUGGAGGCUAAAGAACCCUGACCUAGUGAGAUAUACAUGGAGGAGGCUUAAUCAAGCUAGCCGUCUUGACUACUUCCUUGUGUCAUUCUUGCUGGCAUCACAAUUUACAAAAGUAUUGAUAGGAGACCGAAUGCGAUCGGACCACCAUCUAAUUGGCCUCCACAUAACUCUUGCAGAAUUUCCACAUGGACGCGGAUAUUGGAAAUGUAUUCAAAACCUACUGGAUGACAAUUUGUUCUUAACUAAGACAAAAUAAUUCAUAUUGGCUUUUUUUCUGCAGAACAUACACUACCAUUCAAAAGUUUGGGGUCACUUAGAAAUGUCCUUGUUUUCUAAAGAAAAGCAUUUUUUUUGUCCAUUAAAAUAACAUCAAAUUGAUCAGAAAUACAGUGUAGACAUUGUUAAUGUUGUAAAUGGCUAUUGUAGCUGGAAACGGCUGAUUUUUUAUGGAAUAUCUACAUAGGCGUACAGAGACCCAUUAUCAGCAACCUGUGUUCCAAUGGCACGUUGUGUUUGCUAAUCCAAGUUGAACAUUUUAAAAGGCUAAUUGAUCAUUAGAAAACCAUUUUGCAAUUAUGUUAGCACAGCUGAAAACUGUUGUGCUGAUUAAAGAAGCAAUAAAAACUGACCUUCUUGAGACUAGUUGAGUAUCUGGAGCAUCAGCAAUUGUGGGUUUGAUUACAGGCUCAAAAUGGCCAGAAACAAAGACAUUUCUUCUGAAACUCAUCAGUCUAUUCUUGUUCUGAGAUAUGAAGGCUAUUCCAUGCGAGAAAUUGCCAAGAAACUGAAGAUCUCGUACAACGCUGUGUACUACUCCCUUCACAGAACAGCGUAAACUGGCUCUAACCAGAAUAGAAAGAGGAGUGGGAGGCCCCGGUUCACAACUGAGCAAGAGGACAAAUACAUUAGAGUGUAUAAACAGGCGCCUCACAGGUCCUCAACUGGCAGCUUCAUUAAAUAGUACCCGCAAAACACAAGUCUCAACGUCAACAGUGAAGAGGCGACUCCGGGAUGCUGACCUUCUAGGCAAAGUUGCAAAGAAAAAGCCAUAUCUCAGACUGCCCAUCUUAAUCUUUUCUUUUUAUUGGCCAGUCUGAGAUAUGGCUUUUUCUUUGCAACUCUGCCUAGAAGAUAAGCAUCCCGGAGUCGCCUCUUCUUAAGUCCGCAAUCUGGAUCCCUGCACGGUCUCAUUGAAGAUCACUUUUCCAGCCUCUCUGGACUAAAACUAAAAGUGUACCAUAUUAAGUAUUGGAUCGUUAAAAUACACAAUUUUUACACUACUGUACCUUGUAGUUUACCCGAUGGUGAAAUAGACAUACUUGGUAUUCAUAUCUCUAAAGAUAUAAACAAACGUACCACAACCAAUUUCAAUAUAAAGUUAGCAAAAAAUGUAUGGAUAAGUCACAUUGAUUAACUCUUUGGUCCUAUCACAGUUUGCUUACUUACUUAUGGCGCUGCCUACUCCAGACAAUUCGUUUUGCAAAUCAUAUGAGCAAAAAAUAUUUCACUUUAUUUGGAACGCUAAGCCAAACAAAAUUAAACAUGCCUAUUUAUAUAAUGAAUAUGAGUUUGGGGGGCUGAAAUUAUUAAAUAUUAAAGCAUUAAACCUCUCACUAAAAGCUUCACUCAUUCAUAAGUUUUACUUAAACCCAAACUGGUUCUCCAGUAGAUUACUAAGAACAUCCUUUGUUAAAGAAUUGCCUUUUUGAAAUGUUCUGAUUCAUUUCUUAAACAAGCCAUACAAAGCUGGUUACAAUUAUUACAACAAAUAUUACAACAAAUAUUAUAGUUUAACUCAAAUAUUGAUUGAUAAAAAAAAGUUAUGGUGGACUUAUGUCACAUAUGCAGCUAUCGAAAAUAUAUGGGAAUGUUUGUUCAUUUAAAAGUUACAACCAACUGAUUGCAGCUUUACCACAAAAAUGGAAGAGGCAAGUGGAAGAGGGAGAAGGUAGGGUUUGGUUGUUUGUCUACCAUAUAUUAAAGACAACAAUUUGCUGAAAAAGACUGGCAUAAAUAGACAAAUAUACCAGUUUCAUUUGAUGACAAAAAUGUUGACAGGUGCGCCAUACAGGUUGCAAAAUAGCUGGGAAGAGAUUUCCGAUGUACCGAUUCCAUGGCACAAUAUUAUACAAAAUUAUUCUCACCACCAGAAUACUGUAUAUAUACAGUUGAAGUCCGAAGUUUACAUACACUUAGGUUGGAGUCAUUAAAACCCGUUUUUCAACCACGCAACACAUUUCUUGUUAACAAACUAUAGUUUUGGCAAGUCUGUUAGGACAUCUACUUUGUGCAUGACACAAAUAAUUUUUCCAACAAUUGUUUACAGACAGAUUAUUUCACUUAUAAUUCACUGUAUCACAAUUCCAGUGGGUCAGAAGUUUACAUACACUAAAUUGACUGUGCCUUUAAACAUGAUGUCAUGGCUUUAGAAGCUUCUGAUAGGCUAAUUGACAUAAUUUGAGUCAAUUGGAGGUGUACCUGUGGAUGUAUUUCAAGGCCUACCUUCAAACUCAGUGCCUCUUUGCUUGACAUCAUGGAAAAAUCAAAAGAAAUCAGCCAAGACCUCAGAAAAACAAUUGUAGACCUCCACAAGUCUGGUUCAUCCUUGGGAGCAAUUUCCAAACGCCUGAAGGUACCGCGUUCAUCUGUACAAACAAUAGUACGCAAGUAUAAACAACAUGGGACCACGCAGCCAUCAUACCGCUCAGGAAGGAGACGUGUUCUGUGUCCUAGAGAUGAACGUACUCUGGUGCGAAAAGUGCAAAUCAAUCCCAGAACAACAGCAAAGGACCUUGUGAAGAUGCUGGAGGAAACAGGUACAAAAGUAUCUAUAUCCACAGUAAAACAAGUCCUAUAUCCACAUAACCUGAAAGGCCGCUCAGCAAGGAAGAAGCCACUGCUCCAAAACCGCCAUAAAAAAGCCAGACUACGGUUUGCAUCUGCACAUAGGGACAAAUAUCGUACAUUUUGGAGAAAUGUCCUCUGGUCUGAUUAAACAAAAAUAGAACUGUUUGGCCAUAAUGACCAUCGUUAUGUUUGGAGGAAAAAGGGGGUGCCUUGCAAGCCGAAGUACACCAUCCCAACUGUGAAGCACGGGGGUGGCAGCAUCAUGCUGUGGGGGUGCUUUGCUGCAGGAGGGACUGGUGCACUUCACAAAAUAGAUGGCAUCAUGAGGAAGGAAAAUUAUGUGGAUAUAUUGAAGCAACAUCUCAAGACAUCAGUCAGGAAGUUAAAGCUUGGUCGCAAAUGGGUCUUCCAACUGGACAAUGACACCAAGCAUACUUCCAAAGUUGUGGCAAAAUGGCUUAAGGACAACUAAGUCAAGGUAUUGGAGUGGCCAUCACAAAGCCCUGACCUCAAACCUAUAGAACAUUUCUGGGCAGAACUGAAAAAGCGUGUGCAAGCAAGGAGGCCUACAAACCCGACUCAGUUACAUCAGCUCUGUCAGGAGGAAUGGGCCAAAAUUCACCCAACUUAUUGUUGGAAGCUUGUGGAAGGCUACCCAAAACGUUUGACCCAAGAUAAACAAUUUAAAGGCAACGCUACCAAAUACUAAUUAAUGUAUGUUAACUUCUGACCCACUGGGAAUGUGAUGAAAGAAAUAAAAGCUGAAAUAAAUAAUUCUCUCUACUAUUAUUCUGAUAUUUCACAUUCUUAAAUAAAGUGGUGAUCCUAAAUGACAUAAGACAGGGAAUUUUACUAGGAUUAAAUGUCAGGAAUUGUGAAAAACUUAGUUUAAAUGUAUUUGGCUAAGGUGUAUGUAAACUUCCGACUUCAACUGUAUAUAUAUAUAUACAGUUGAAGUCGGAAGUUUACAUACACCUUUCUCACCAAAGUAUGUUCAUCUCUAGGAGACAGAACGCGUCUCCUUCCUGAGGGGUAUGACAGCUGCGUAGUCCCAUGGUGUUUAUACUUAGUACUAUUGUUUGUACAGAUGAACGUGGUAUCUUCAGGCGUUUGGAAAUUGCUCCCAAGGAUGAACCAGACUUGUGGAGGUCUACAAUUCUUUUUCUGAGGUCUUGGCUGAUUUCUUUUGAUUUUCCCAUGAUGUCAAGCAAAGAGGCACUGAGUUUGAAGGUAGGCCUUGAAAUACAUCCACAGGUACACCUCCAAUUUUUUAUUAAAUUGAUUUUACCUUUAUUUAACUAGGCAAGUCAGUUAAGAACAAAUUCUUAUUCACAAUGACGGCCUACACCGGCCAAACCCGGACAACGCUGGACCAAUUGACUCAAAUGAUGUCAAUUAGCUUAUCAGAAGCUUCUAAAGUCAUGACAUCUUUUUCUGGAAAUUUCCAAGGUGUUUAAAUGCACAGUAAACUUCUGACCCACUGGAAUUGUGAUACAGUGAAUUAUAAGUGAAAUAAUCUGUCUGUAAACGAUUGUUGGAAAAAUGACUUGUGUCAUGCACAAAGUAGAUGUCCUAUCAGACUUGCCAAAACUAUAGCUUGUUUUACAAGAAAGUUGUGGAGUGGUUGAAAAACACGUUUGAAUGACUCCAACCUAAGUGUAUGUAAACUUCCGACUUCAACUGUAUAUUAAUAUAUAUAUAUAUAUAUAUAUAUGUAUAUGUGUAUAUAUUUAUAUAUAUAUAUAUAUAUAUAUAUAUAUAUAUAUAUAUAUAUAUAUAUAUAUAUAUAUAUAUAGGACAUACAACAAUCUCAGCUCUGCAGAUUUAUUUGUGAAGAGACAGAAUCAUUAGAUCAUUUAUUCUGGUAUUUGAUCCCCUGCUGAUUUUGUAAGUUUGCCUACUGACAAAGAAAUGGAUCAGUCUAUAAUUUUAAUGGUAGGUUUAUUUGAACAGUGAGAGACAGAAUAACAACAAAAAAAUCCAGAAAAACGCAUGUAAAAAAUUAUAUAAAUUGAUUUGCAUUUUAAUGAGGGGAAAAAGCAUUUGAUCCCCUGCUGAUUUUGUACGUUUGCCCACUGACAAAGAAAUGGAUCAGUCUAUAAUUUUAAUGGUAGGUUUAUUAGAACAGUGAGAGACAGAAUAACAACAACAAAAUCCAGAAAAACGCAUGUCAAAAAUGUUCUAAAUUGAUUUGCAUUUUUAUGAGGGAAAAAGCAUUUGAUCCCCUGCUGAUUUUGUACAUUUGCCCACUGACAAAUAAAUGGAUCAGUCUAUAAUUUUAAUGGUAGGUUUAUUUGAACAGUGAGAGACAGAAUAACAACAACAAAAUCUAGAAAAAAUGCAUGUCAAAAAUGUUAUAAAUUGAUUUGCAUUUUAAUGAGGGAAAUAAGUAUUUGACCCCCUCUCAAUCAGAAAGAUUUCUGGCUCCCAGGUGUCUUUUAUACAGGUAACGAGCUGAGAUUAGGACCACAAUCUUAAAGGGAGUGCUCCUAAUCUCAGCUUGUUACCUGUAUAAAAGACACCUGUCCACAGAAGCAAUCAAUCGAUCAGAUUCCAAACUCUCCACCAUGGCCAAGACCAAAGACCUCUCCAAGGAUGUCAGGGACAAGACCUACACAAGGCUGGAAUGGGCUACAAGACCAUCGCCAAGCAGCUUGGUGAGAAGGUGACAACAGUUGGUGUGAUUAUUCGCAAAUGGAAGAAACACAAAAGCACUGUCAAGCUCCCUCGGCCUGAGGCUCCAUGCAAGAUCUCACCUCGUCUGAAUGAUUCAGAGGAGAACUGGGUGAAAGUGUUGUGGUCAGAUGAGACCAUAAUCGAGCUCUUUGGCAUCAACUCAACUCGCCGUGUUUGAAGGAGGAGGAAUGGUGCUUAUGACCCCAAGAACACCAUCCCCACCGUCAAACAUGGAGGUAGAAACAUUAUGCUUUGGGGGUGUUUUUCUGCUAAGGGGACAGGACAACUUCACCGCAUCAAAGGGACGAUUGACGGGGCCAUGUACCGUCAAAUGUCGGGUGAGAACCUCCUUCCCUCAGCCAGGGCAUUGAAAAUGGGUCGUGGAUGGGUAUUCCAGCAUGACAAUGACCCAAAACACACGUCCAAGGCAACAAAGGAGUGGCUCAAGAAGAAGCACAUUAAGGUCCUGGAGUGGCCUAGCCAGUCUCCAGACCUUAAUCCCAUAGAAAAUCUAUGGAGGGAGCUGAAGGUUUGAGUUGCCAAACGUCAGCCUCGAAAUCUUAAUGACUUGGAGAAGAUCUGCAAAGAGGAGUGGGACAAAAUCCCUCCUGAGAUGUGUGCAAACCUGGUGGCCAACUACAAUAAACAUCUGACCUCUGUGAUUGCCAACAAGGGUUUUGCCACCAAGUACUAAGUCACGUUUUGCAGAGGGGUCAAAUACUUAUUUCCGUCAUUAAAAUGCAAAACAAUGUAUAACAUUUUUGACAUGCUAUUCUGUCUCUCACUGUUCAAAUAAACCUACCAUUCAAAUUAUAGACUGAUCAUGUCUUUGUCAGUGGGCAAACGUACAAAAUCAGCAGGGGAUCAAAUACUUUUUUCCCUCACUGUAGCUUGUUUCUGGUCACAGGUUCAGGAAUGGUUUAAAAAAAUCACAACAUUCUUUUAAUAUGAACCCUACAAAUAGCAGUGUUGGGCGAUUUGGAAAGCCACAGUCAAUCAAUCAACAAUAUAAUAAUAUUCGUAGGAAAGGUUUUCCUCUUUAGCUCACAAUCUGUGGAUACUAUGCGAUUAAAAAGGUUCAAAAUACAUGUAAAACAUCACAGCACAGAGAGAAAGACAGUAGUUGAACAGUUUUGAACAAAUACAUUUCUUCAAAAAUGAAGAAAAAGCAAGAAAGAGAGAGAGAGCUAGCUAUAUUUCUUAUUUUUUUCACUUUCACUUAUUUAGCUAUUGAAUGCAGCUAGCUAGUUGAGCCUACUCAAACAUCUUGCUCAAACAUAGAGGGAUGCUAUGUUACCUAGCUGGCUAUGGCUAUCCAACAUUGGAACUCUUCCAAGUCAAGGUAAGCUUUUGGUUUUAUUAAUUUAUUGCCACCAGGGCCCGCCGGUGUAACUGCUAAACUGCUUGUACACUGUACUGCAUGAUUGUAGCGGGUUUACUAACGCGUUAGUUCUAGUACCUAUGUUGACUUGACAUUAGCUAAUAUAGUGACAAUGAUGUAGGCUGUGUGUAGUGGUUAGUGAUUAUGAUAUGAAGGUUAUACUUGGAAAGGUUUUUUCGCCUGGUCACAGACAGCUGAUGUGUUGUGAAUGUGCACUGAAGUCCACAAGCGAAAGGAAAAGGUGAGAGGAGGAGGGCACGUAGAGCGAGAAGAAAUUAUCCAACGAUCAAAAGGAUCAUGCUGUUUGUAUGUGGCUGCUGAUGCAACUGAACUGUGUUUGCAUGUGAUCAGGGGGUGUAUUCCAUUCUGCCGAUUCUGUUGAAAAUGUUUCUUAAACGGAAGUGACCGGAACAAAAACGGGGAAAACCCUGAGUUGUCCAAUAAACUCUCAUUUGCACAGUUGGAUAAUGAUACCCUAGAUCACUACAUGCAGGCAGAUUGUGCUAGGUGGUAUGAAUGUGUCAAGUCUGUCACCAGAUUACUCAAAUUUCAUCGACCUCUGCACUACUUUGUAAACGUUCAUCAUAGGCUGUUGUAGCACUGAUGGGUAAGGGAACAUGUAUGAUGUAGUACGCCUAAACUAAUCAUGUUAGCAUUAGCUGGGGGAUGAAUAGGAAUACAAGAUUCAAAUGCUUGGUUGGUAAGUUGUUGUCUUGUGUUACUCCACUCGUCACCCUGCCCUCUCUCUCCUCCCUGCUCUCUCCUUCCUCCUCUCUCCUCCCUCCUCUCUCCAAGCUGGAUGUGUGGAUGGAGCCCACUGACCUCUCCACUCCUGUGGACAUCAGAGUUCCCUUCACCAGCCUGCAGACCGUCAAGGCAUUCCUGGAGACUGAAGACAUCCCGUAUCCGUCAUGAUCAUGGACUUGCAGGUAGGAUCAUACACACACACACCACACAAUAUAAUUAUGGGGUGGGUAGGAGUCAAGGAGGAAGUGACUGAGGUCAGGGCGAUUACUUCAGUCUUUACUUUGUCUUGAAAUAGUAUAUCCAUGUCAUGACUUACAGUAAAUAAAUAAGAUGGUUGAAUAAGAUUAUGUGCAACAGCUCAAUUUGAUCUGGGCUCACAACUGAUAAAAUAUUAUUCGGAUAAAGUCAUAUGGGUCCGAAAAUAGUUGUUUCAUAAGAGUGUUAUAAUCAGAUAAAGUGUUUUUUUUUAAAGCAUGUUAGUGACCUUUGACCCCUGUUUUGCCCACAGGUUAUGUUGGACGACGAGCAGGACCAGAUGCUGAGUGCCCGUGCCGCUGCCCCCAGAACCACAGAUGACUACGACUACUCCAACUACCACACCAUUGCUGAUGUAAUUACCAACCCAUCACACAAGCAGCAAGGAGAAAUGGCCCAUUUCACAUGAUCACUCUGAACUCACAUUGAGUGAGACAUCUUUAAUACUGUCAUCGUAAGACCCACCUAAGAAUGCUGAAACCAAAGCAAGACACUGUUUUCUGUUGUUGAAACCUACAGUAUUUUGGGGAACACUUUAUUUGAAAUGUCCUUAACACAUUCAAAAGGAGAACAUAAGGAUUUAUGAAAAGCUUAUGUCAACAACCCCUCUCUCUCUCUCUCUCUCUCUCUCUCUCUGUCUGUCUGUCUGUCUGUCUGUCUGUCUGUCCUGUCGUCUCUCUCUCUCUCUCUCUCUCUCUCUCUCUCUCUCUCUCUCUCUCUGUCUCUCUCUCUCUCUCUCUCUCUUCUCUCUCUCCUCUCUCCUUCUCUCUCUCUCUCUCUCUCUCUCUCUCUCUCUCUGUCUCUCUCUCUCUCUCUCUCUCUGUCUCUCUCUCUCUGUCUCUCUGUCUCUCUCUCUCUGUCUCUCUCUCUCUCCUCUCUCUCUCUCUCUCUCUCUCUCUCUCUCUCUCUCUCUCUCUCUGUCUGUCUCUGUCUCUGUCUGUCUCUCAAUUCAAUUCAAUUCAAUAGACUUUAUUGACAUGGCAAGUUAAAUUUCUUACAUUGUCAAAGUAUACAUAUAACAAAAAUGGUGGGACCAACAGCAAUAGCAGUAGUGGAAAUGGGAUUACCAUUAACAGCAACUACAACAACAAUAUUCAUGAGAAUAACAAUACAUUAAAGCAAUAGUAGUCGACCAGUCUCAACAUAACUGAAAAUACACAUUACAUGGUAUGAAAGCCAAAACAAAACAAUAAAUAUUAUUGACAUUACAUUACACUUUUCACUGGCUGUCCCUCAGGUUGUGGCAGGAGGACACAUAUUUGGCUGCCAAAAUUGCACAUUUUGGCUUUUCACCCAAUAAAUAUUUGAUUUUUUCUUCCUCUUUUAUAGUUUCAAAUUCUUUGUACUGAAUGAUAAUUUGGGGAAAGAAAGAUUCUCUUAGGUCUGAAUAUUUGUCACAGUGUAAUAGGAAAUGCAGCUCUCUCUACCUCUCCCCGGUGGCAGAGUGAACACAGCCUGUCCUCUCUGGGCAGCCAGGUUUGCCUGUGACGACCGGUCUCUAUAGCCAGACUGUGCUCACUCUGCCACCGGGGAGAGGUAGAGAGAGCUGCAUUUCCUAUUACACUGUGACAAAUAUUCAGACCUAAGAGAAUCUUUCUUUCCCCAAAUUAUCAUUCUGUACUUAGCCAUUGUUUUCCUCAGUUUUCUAUCAGUCACAGUGGUCAGAUAGUCUGCCACCAUGUACUGUCUGUUUAGAGCCAAAUAGCAUUGAAGUUUACUUAGAUUUUUUGUGGUGUCUUUCCAAUAAGUGAUAUAUUUUGAAUUUUGCUUCGUGAUGAUUUGGUUGGGCCAGAUUUUCCUGAGUGCUGUCCUGAGGCUCUAUGAGGUUGGUUUUGUUUAGUGAACUGAGCCUCAGAACCAGCUGGCUGAGGGGACUCUUAUCUUGUUUCAUCUCUUGACAUAGUAGAGCUGUGUGAUGGAAUGUUUUGGGGUCACUUGUUUUUAGAUGGUUGUAAAAUUUGAUGGCUCUUUUUUCUAUUCGAAUAAGGAGGGGGUAUUGGCCCAAUUCUGCUCUACAUGCGUUAUUUUGAGUUUUUCUUUGCACUUGCAAUACAGUCUUGCAAAACUCUGCAGGCAGUAUUUCAAUUGGAUGUUUGUCCCAUUUGGUGAAUUCAGUAUUAGAGAGCGGACCCCAUACUUUGCUGCCAUAUAGAGCAAUUGGUUCUAUAACUGAUUGGAACAUUUUGAGCCAGAUUCUAAUUGGAAUUUCGAUUUUAAUAUUCCUUUUAAUGGCAUAGAAUGCUCUUCUUGCUUUGUCUCUCAGCUCAUUCACAGCCAUGUGAAAGCUACCUGUGUUGCUGAUAUUUAGUCCUAGAUACGUGUAAUUUUUUGGUGUAUUCUAAUAGAAUUGUGUCCAAAUAGAAUUUAUAUUUGUCAUCCAAUAACAUCUUAUGUUUUCCCUCCAAUACCACUUUCUAUUAGUUUGUAAAAAAAAAAGACCUUCGUGCCAAAUUGAAUCAAAUGCUUUCUUGAAGUCUGCAAAACACGAGUAGAUUUUGCCUUUGUUCUGGUUUACUUGUUUGUCAAUUAGUGUGUGGAGGGUGUAAAUGUGGUCUGUUGUACGAUAAUUUAAAAAUAAAUCCAAUCUGGCUUCUGCUUAGGACGUUGUGUUCAUCAAGGAAAUGAUGUAGUCUGCUGUUUAUGAUACUGCAGAGAAUUUUCCCCAAGUUGCUGUUAACGCAAAUUCCUCUGUAAUUAUUUGGGUCAAAUUUGUCUCAAUUUUUAUAGAUUGGUGUGAUCAAUCCUUGGUUCCAAAUAUCGGGGAAAAUACCUGCAGUUAGGAUAAUGUUGAAUAGUUUGAGUAUAGCCAAUUUGAAUUUGUGGUCUGUAUAUUUGAUCAUUUCAUUUAAAAUACCAUCAGCACCACAUGCCUUUUGGGGUUUUUCCAAUAAUUAUUGUUCUGUAAUUGGGGUAUACACAGGAUUCUGAUAGUCUUUGACUGCUGAUUCAAGGAUUUGUAAUUUUUCUUGUAUAUCUUGUUGUUCUGGGCUCUUUGUUAUAUUGCUGUAGAGGUUUGCAAAGUGAUUUCUCCACAUAUCCCCAUUUUGAAUAGCCAAUUCCUCAUUAUGAGGUUUGUUUAAUUUAUUCAAAUUCUCCCAGAAGUGGUUUGAUUCUAUGGAUUCCUCAAUUACAUCCAGCUAAUGUGCUGUUCCUUUUUUGUUCUUAGGGUGUGUUUGUAUUGCUUCAGUGUUUCCCCAUAUUGAAGGCAUAUAUUUUUAUUGUCUGGGUCUCUGUGUUUUUUUUUUUCUCUAGAUAUAUUUCUCAAUGGCUUUCUUAGAUUUUUGCAAUCAUUAUCAAACCAUUUUUCAUUAUCUAUUCUUUUUGGUUUGCUCUUAUGUUUCUUUGGAUUAGCCAAGGAGGCUAAUUUGUCAAAUAUAAAAUGUAUGUUCCAAACGGCCAAUUUACACCUUCAUUGCUGAAGGAGAAUGUUAAGGCUAAAAAGUUGUCCAGGAGAGAUUGUAUUUUUGGGCUACUAAUUGCUUUUUGGUAGAUAUCUGUACUGUUUGCACUCCAUCUAUAGGUCUGUUUAGUACCAUGUCAUUUAUUGGGCCGUGAUGCUUCAUGGUUGGGUUCUGCUCUUCUCAGAUACACUGUGAUUUUACUGUGAAACCAGUUUUGUUUAUCUGCUGCUGUUACUAGCUAGCUUUUUUUUCUCUCCUCUCUCCUCUCUCUCUCUCUCUCUCUCUCUCUCUCUCUCUCUCUUCUCUCUCUCUCUCUCUCUGUCUCUCUCUGGUCUCUCUGUCUGUCUGUCUGUCUGUCGCUGUUGCUGCUGCCUGCUGCUGCUGCUGCUGCCUGCUGCUGUCUGCCUGCCUGCGCUGCUGCUCUGUCUGCCUGCUGCUGUGUCUGUCUGUCUGUCUGUCUGCUGCUGUCUGUCUGUAUCUGUCUGUCUGUCUGUCUUGUCUGCUGUCUGUCUGUCUGUUGUCUGUCUGUGUCUGUGUCUGUCGUCUUCGUCUCUCUCUCUCUUCUCUCUCUCUCUCUCUCUCUCUCUCUCUCUUCUCUCUCUCUAUCUAUCUAUAAUAUAUAUAUAUAUAUAUAUAGAUAUAUAUAUGUAUAUACAGUGGGAAAAGUAUUUAGUCAGCCACCAAUUGUGCAAGUUCUCCCACUUAAAAAGAUGAGAGAGGCCUGUAAUUUUCAUCAUAGGUACACGUCAACUAUGACAGACAAAUGAGAAAAAAAAAUCUAGAAAAUCACAUUGUAGGAUUUUUAAUGAAUUUAUUUGCAAAUUAUGGUGGAAAAUAAGUAUUUGGUCAAUAACAAAAGUUUCUCAAUACUUUGUUAUAUACCCUUUGUUGGCAAUGACACAGGUCAAACGUUUUCUGUAAGUCACAUUUCAUUUUUUCACAUUUUAGCAGACGCUCUUAUCCAGAGCGACUUACAGUUAGUGAAUACAUUUUUUUUUUUAUACUGGCCCCCCGUGGGAAUCGAACCCACAACCCUGGAGUUGCAAACACCAUGCUCUAUCAACUGAGCUACAUCCCUGCCAGCCAUUCCCUCCCCUACCCUGGGCCAAUUGUGCACCGCCCAUGAGUCUCCCGGUCGCGGCCGGCUGCGACAGAGCCUGGAUUCGAACCAGGAUCUCUAGUGGCACAGUUAGCACUGCGAUGCAGUGCCUUAGACCACUGCGCCACUCAGGAGGUGUAAGUCUUCACAAGGUUUUCACACACUGUUGCUGGUAUUUUGGCCCAUUCCUCCAUGCAGAUAUCCUCUAGAGCAGUGAUGUUUUGGGGCUGUCGCUGGGCAACACAGACUUUCAACUCCCUCCAAAGAUUUUCUAUGGGGUUGAGAUCUGGAGACUGGCUAGGCCACUCCAGGACCUUGAAAUGCUUCUUACGAAGCCACUCCUUCGUUGCCCGGGCGGUGUGUUUGGGAUCAUUGUCAUGCUGAAAGACCCAGCCACGUUUCAUCUUCAAUGCCCUUGCUGAUGGAAGGAGGUUUUCACUCAAAAUUUCACGAUACAUGGCCCCAUUCAUUCUUUCCUUUACACGGAUCAGUCGUCCUGGUCCCUUUGCAGAAAAACAGCCCCAAAGCAUGAUGUUUCCACCCCCAUGCUUCACAGUAGGUAUGGUGUUCUUUGGAUGCAACUCAGCAUUCUUUGUCCUCCAAACACGACGAGUUGAGUUUUUACCAAAAAGUUCUAUUUUGGUUUCAUCUGACCAUAUGACAUUCUCCCAAUCCUCUUCUGGAUCAUCCAAAUGCACUCUAGCAAACUUCAGACGGGCCUGGACAUGUACUGGCUUAAGCAGGGGGACACGUCUGGCACUGCAGGAUUUGAGUCCCUGGCGGCGUAGUGUGUUACUGAUGGUAGGCUUUGUUACUUUGGUCCCAGCUCUCUGCAGGUCAUUCACUAGGUCCCCCCGUGUGGUUCUGGAAUUUUUGCUCACCGUUCUUGUGAUCAUUUUGACCCCACGGGGGUGAGAUCUUGCGUGGAGCCCCAGAUCGAGGGAGAUUAUCAGUGGUCUUGUAUGUCUUCCAUUUCCUAAUAAUUGCUCCCACAGUUGAUUUCUUCAAACCAAGCUGCUUACCUAUUGCAGAUUCAGUCUUCCCAGCCUGGUGCAGGUCUACAAUUUUGUUUCUGGUGUCCUUUGACAGCUCUUUGGUCUUGGCCAUAGUGGAGUUUGGAGUGUGACUGUUUGAGGUUGUGGACAGGUGUCUUUUAUACUGAUAACAAGUUCAAACAGGUGCCAUUAAUACAGGUAACGAGUGGAGGACAGAGGAGCCUCUUAAAGAAGAAGUUACAGGUCUGUGAGAGCCAGAAAUCUUGCUUGUUUGUAGGUGACCAAAUACUUAUUUUCCACCAUAAUUUGCAAAUAAAUUCAUUAAAAAUCCUACAAUGUGAUUUUCUGGAUUUUUCUUUCUCAAUUUGUCUGUCAUAGUUGACGUGUACCUAUGAUGAAAAUUACAGGCCUCUCUCAUCUUUUUAAGUGGGAGAACUUGCAUAAUUGGUGGCUGACUAAAUACUUUUUUUCCCCCACUGUAUUUAUAUAUAUAUCCCUUCAGAUCUACAGUUUCCAGGACAUGCUGGUGGUUGAGAACCCCAAUCUGGUCAGCAAGAUCGUGAUUGGCCAGAGUUACCAGGGACGCCCCCUGAAUGUUCUCAAGGUAAGUUCCUGAUGACAGUGGUCGUGUUUUUAUCUGCUAUGGCCUUGUCAUUUUACUAGUACUCUUUACAAGUGAAAUAUAGAUCUAAAAGUCAGUGAAGGUAUAGUUUUUGCCUAAUCCCGGACGAGCCCCCAUUUUUUGGUACAUGUUACAUGUUAAAUGUGUAUCAAGUUUACAGUAUUUGAGUAUUGUAGUAGGUGUUCUGUACACCCCCUUUCUUCUCUCUUUUCUAGUUCAGUACUGGUGGAACCAACAAACCUGGUAUCUGGCUUGACACAGGAAUCCAUUCCAGGGAAUGGGUCACUCAGGCUAGCGGCACCUGGUUCGCCAAGAAGGUGCAUCAGUGUUUUCUCCCCCACAGUCUUUAAACCUUUUCCCUCUCGUCAUUUACACGUGUCUCACUUUCACUUUGACUAACUUUCUAUGGGCUGUCAUGAUUUAAGGUUUAUCAUAGAAUUUUUCUGUUUCCAUAUCCAGAUUGUGACCGACUACGGACGUGACGCCACCCUCACCGCCAUCCUGGACAAGAUGGACAUCUUCCUGGAGAUUGUGACAUUUCUAGGUUGAUCACACAUUUUGAUUACAAUGUCAUCUCCGUAUUUCAAUUGUCCUCCUCUUUUCUCAAGAUCAAAGGGCACAUAUUAGACUAGGGAGUUGAAUACAACAGCCACGCUCAUCCUCUUUGAUUACUAACUACAAGUUACAUAUGUGUGCAUGAUCUGAAUCUCUAAUACCAAAUAUAAUCUAUCUAAUCUUGCUUUCACUGUGUUUCAGUGUUGUAUCCUGUUUUGUCAUUUGACUUCGCUCUGACAUCAUCAACUGCUUCUCACAGCUAUGCACUAGACAAAACCAAACAAACCAUGAUUCACGAUGACCGUUUAUGUUCCACAGAACCGUAUGUGGCGUAAGACCAGGAAGCCCAACCCUGGCUCUUCCUGUGUUGGAACUGACCCCAACAGGAACUGGGAUGCUGGUUUCGGAGGUAUACUUUUCCUUGUCACUUGAAUGUUGCAAAACACUUUAUAUUCAAAUACAAUAGAUUCAGAGGUCACAAAUUGAAUACCAAAUCUAAAGUUUUUGUCAAAUAAAAUGGUAUUUCCUUCCCCUUGGUGAGAUAGUAUUUUACUGUGGAAAAUGUGCAUUGUUGUUGUUGUUUAGUUGGGCACAAAUAUUUUUUUACGAUUUUGUCUCCUCUUUGGUCUUUGGUAGAGCCCGGCUCCAGUGGCAGUCCCUGCUCUGAGACUUACCGCGGACCCGAGGCUCACUCUGAGUCUGAGGUCAAGUCCAUCGUGGACUUUGUAAAGUCUCACGGCAACCUGAAGGCCUUUGUGUCCAUCCAUUCCUACUCCCAGAUGCUCCUCUACCCCUACGGUUACACCAAGACCCCAUGCAAGGACCAGAGUGAACUGGUCAGUCCAGCAUCCAUCAACUAGUUGUCUUUGACAUGUCUAGUAACAACUUGUGGCAUCUGUUCCACUAGGGAGUGCCCAGCCUGCAUUCUUUACCAUAUGUGGCCUCACCGGAGGAUGGGUGAUGCCAGCAUGGUACUUUUACAUGACUAUUAUUAUCUUCUCACAGCACGACCUGGCCAUGAAGGCUAUCACUGACCUGGCUUCCCUGUACGGAACCUCCUACAGAUACGGCAGUAUCAUCAACACCAUCUGUAAGUGUCAAACACCGGCUAAACCUUUUCACUGCUUUAAUGGCUCCCAUCCCAUGCCAUUCCAAUGUGGUCCAGCAUGUUCUGUCAACAUGAGCACACCCCAUCUGUAUAAUAUAACCAAAGUCAUUACAAUAUUCUUAGCUUAGGGUUUGUAUACUCGUACAUACUCCGUGAAAUAAAUACAGAAACGAUUGUCUAUUCUCUUCUUUCUUGUCAUUUUCAGACCAGGCUAGUGGUACCACUGUUGACUGGACCUACAACCAGGGCAUCAAGUACUCCUACACCUUCGAGCUGAGAGACACCGGUCGCUAUGGUUUCAUCCUGCCAGCCAAUCAGAUCCUCCCUACAUGCCAAGGAGACUUGGCUGGCUCUGAUGGCCAUCAUGGAGCACACCAAGGACAACACCAACUAGAGGGGUCACCAUGACAAUCUACUGGACGCUGUGGAUCCACUAAGGCUGUUUACAGGCCACAAACAGAGCAAUAAAAUUAAACUGUUAUACCUGAUUUUGUCUUCUAUUUCAUUUUACUUGAUGUGACGUCGAAAUUAAGCAAAGAGAAAGGUUGUUAUGGUUGAAGGUCUUAACAUAGUCAUUAUAAUGUAUUACAAUAAAAAAGAACACUAGUCCAUAGAGAGUACAGCAUUCAAUUUCAACAUUUGACACUUUUUAAAGUAAGGAUAACAACUGUAUUUUGUAUUCUUCAUAUUCCCAAUUCAAUGAACUGCUACUGGACAACUUAGUGAUUCCAACAAUGAAAAAUGUAAAGUUAAUAUGUUGUAUAAUUGUGGGUCGCAUAAGUUGUUUAUGUGUAUCUGUCACAUAGGGUGCCCAUGCCAGAAAACUGGCUAUGGUCUUCCCAAUGAAAAUAAGCAUCCUUUGGGUGUGGGAAAUAUGGACGUGGCAAAUAUUUAUAGGGAGUGAUGUGACAUAUAAAGCGGUUUUGGUGUCUCUCUAUCUCUAAGGCUUGUGGCCUUUCAAAUACCUAAAGAGGUACAGCAGGGUUGCCCAGGUCAUGUGCUUUAGAAGGGUAAUUGGUGUGAUUAACCCAUUGGAAACCCAUUUCACCUAGUUGAAUGUACAUGUAUGGUGGUUUGUAUUAGUUCGCUUGUUAGAUAAACUGCAAAUAAUCUGUGACAGAUGUAUGUCUUUAAAGGAGACAUGUCGGACAUGUGGGAUGCUGUUUGAUGUAAGUCUUAAAUCUGUGUUUACACAGGCAGACCAAUUCUGAUCUUUUGCCCAAUUAUGGGCAAAAUAACUGGUCUCAUUGAUGAAAAUACCAAUUAUGAGUGGGAAAAGAUCUGAAUUGGGCUGCCUGUGUAAACGCAGCCUUUGUUGACUUAUUCCUCAUCACCUUAUUUUGUUUCAUGUGAGCAUACAGUAUAUGCUCAAAUAGACUCUCUGACUCAGUUCUCAAAAAGGGUUGCGGCAACCCUUUGGGUCAUAACGUUUACAGUGUAGAGAUACAAACACUGGAACGGGAGGAUAAAAACUAGAAAAUCUGGUCUGUCCAUUUUUAUUCAACUUCUGAGAAUCUGCUCCACAAAUACACACCAUCAGUGUUACAUCAGAGUAAGUGUGGGAAACAGAACAGAAGGAGAAAACACCUGAAGAAGAAAACAUCAACUUACUAACCAAGGUCAAAAGUGCUGGGCAGGGUGUGUGACUCUGACUGGCUUUACUGUAUUAGGUACGAUGAAGGGGCUGCUCAUCUUUGCUGCGCUGUCUGUGGCCGUUAUCGGCAAGGAAACCUUUGAGGGGUGAGUGAUCAUCAAACAGUACUGAAAAGAAAGCACUUUGUGACAACUGCUGAUGUAAAAAGGGCUUUAUAAAUACAUUUGAUUGAUUGACUGGUUGAUUGACUGAUUAAAUGAUUGAAACGUGUUUGGUACAGCAGUGGUUGCUGAGCAGAGGGUAAUGACAUGAUUGUCGGAAAUUGAUUAAACACCCUUUCUCUUUUUAUAAGAUUCUCCCAUCUCUUUAUUAGAAUUAUUAGGGAAUUCUCCCAUCUCUUUAUUAGAAUUAUUAGGGAAUUCUCCCAUCUCUUUAUUAGAAUUAUUAGGGACGAUAACAUCGUUGUAAUAUCUUUACAGGCACCAGGUGCUUCGUAUCACUGGGAAGGAUACAUUCCAGCACUCUCUCCUGAAGGAAAUGGCUGAGAUGGAACAUCUCCAGGUUGGGCAUGAUAACAGUGAUCAUCCUAUGAGAUAAUGUGAUUAAUGUACUUCUUAUAAAUAAAUACGAAUUUCAGAGGAAAACAAUCAUAGAACAGAACAGACUCCCUCAUACUGUAUAAUGCAUAUUCAGUCAAUUUUCUAUUUUCCCUUGUGUUCACCUGCAUGUUCCUUUCCUCCUUUCUCUCUCCUCCCUCCUCCCUCCUCUCUCCUCCCUCCUCUCUCCAAGCUGGAUGUGUGGAUGGAGCCCACUGACCUCUCCACUCCUGUGGACAUCAGAGUUCCCUUCACCAGCCUGCAGACUGUCAAGGCCUUCCUGGAGACUGAAGACAUCCCGUACUCCGUUAUGAUCAAGGACCUGCAGGUAAAGUAGGACACCUUUCUCAUCUGGGGAGGAAAGAGAGCUCAUCUGCCUCUCUUCAGUCAUUAUUAUUCUUAAAGUAAUACGUGGACAGACUAUGGUGCCACCAAAGUUAUCCCCCUGAGAUCUAAUCAUCCCUGAAAGAACCAAGGAGAGCGAUCAGCAAAAUGAAACCUUUUGCCCCUUGUCUCUCAGGUUAUGUUGGACAAGGAGAAGGAGCAGAGGCUGAUUGCUGCACGAGCCGCUGAGCCCAGAACCACAGAUGACUACAACUACAGCAACUACCACAGCGGGGACGAGGUCAGUACCCAAUAACACAGUCAGGACAGCCUGUUCUUCCUUAGCAGCUAUUAUAACGUCUGCCAUAACACUGUCACAACAAUGAUAUCAGGCCUGUUUUAAAACUCCAGUCCUCAGAGCUCUUUUGUUCAAAUGAAAGAUUAUUUCUCUCUCACUCUCUCUCUCUCUAUCUCUUUCUCUCUCGCUCUCUCUCUCUCCAGAUCUACAGUUUCCAGGACAUGCUGGUGGCUGAGAACCCCAACCUGGUCAGCAAGAUCGUGAUUGGUCAGAGCUAUGAGGGCCGCCCUCUGAAUGUGCUCAAAGUAAGUAAUCCGUUUUCAAUACUUUUUUGGUGUUUUAAGAUUCUCAUGGAUUUUCUUUGCAACUGAAAAAGUUAAUACUCCCCUUCUCUCUCACAUAGUUUAGCACUGGUGGCACCAACCGUCGUGGCAUCUGGAUUAACACUGGAAUCCACUCCAGAGAAUGGAUCACUCAGGCUAGUGGCACCUGGUUCGCCAAGAAGGUGAUCAUUUUCUAGUCUCGUUCCUUCCAGUCAGAGCCUCUGGGUUGGAUUUCCCACAUGCUCAUGAGUCACAAUGCAAACUCCAGUUUGCUGCUAAGAAUAGCAAAUAUAGUGUAAUGAAGGCUAUAGGGUCAUUGCAAUAUAUUUGUUAUGAAGGCUAGGGGGUCAUUAGAGUAUAUUUGCUAUGCUUAAAAGCAAACUGGAGUUUGGCUUGUAACUCAUGUAGAGGAAUCCAACCCCAGGGUGCCUCAUGAAGGGAGUUAAGUCUCUUUGUAUCCAUCUUGGGCAAUUCCGGUUCUGAAUACCCAUGGGGACGUUCCUACUCCCACAGGUUGCUACAUUGGUGUCAAAAGUGGCGCUCCCAUGAGCCCAGGUAUUCUCUGUUCAGUAUGAUAAUGUGCAUAGAUCUUUCUGUUUCAAUGACCACCAGAUUGUGACUGACUACGGACGUGACGCCACACUCACUGCCAUUCUGGACAACAUGGAUAUCUUCCUGGAGAUUGUGACCAACCCAGAUGGCUACUACUACACCCACAAUACUGUGAGUUCCUAACAUCAGAAAUGGGUCUUUAUUAUUACUAAGCCAUCCACUAAUCCUCUGUAAUGGCAGAUCUGAUGCUUCAUUCAUUCAUUCCGUGUCAGCUAGAGUGAAUGCGCAUGGAGUCUUACCAAACCAUUGAAUAUGUUGACCUUGCAUGUUCCACAGAACCGUAUGUGGCGUAAGAGCAGGAAGCCCAACCCUGGCUCUUCCUGUGAUGGAACUGACCUCAACAGGAACUGGGAUGCUGGUUUUGGAAGUAAGCUAUGUCUUCUAUCGGCUUCUUGAACGAUGCUCAACACAUUCUGUUUAAAAUUGCAUAAACUGUCCACGAAAAAGUUUGUCUUACUACAGCCUUUCCCAAACCCGGUCCUGGGGACCCCAAGGGGUGCAAUUUAGUUUUUUGCCCUAGCACUACACAACUGAUUCAAAUUAUCAACUCAUCAUCAAGCUUUGAUUAUUUGAAACAGUUGUGUAGUGUUCGGGGCAAAAAAAACUAAAUGUGCACCCCUUGGGGUCCCCAGGAUGCUGCCUUAUUUAAUUGUCAGGAUUAAAUACGUUGUUGUGUUUUUUUGUUGUUGAGAAAAUGAUCUCCUCCCCUAUGGUGACUUACAGUUUCAAAGGAAGUGUGUCAAUGUUGUGGCUGGACUGUCCCUGGCGUGAUGUUGGUUGUAUUCCACUCUGUUUCCCUAGCCGCCGGCUCUAGCAGUAACCCAUGCGAUCAGACUUACCGCGGGCCCAAGGCUCACUCGGAGUCUGAGGUCAAGUCCAUCGUGGACUUUGUCAAGUCUCAUGGCAACCUGAAGGCCUUCAUCGACAUCCACAGCUACUCCCAGAGGAUCAUGUACCCCUAUGGCUACACUGCAACCCCCUGCAAGGACCAGAGAGAACUGGUGAGUCUGGCAGAGACAGUCUUCCUACCUUCCCUUGACCGUUAGCCAUGUCUCAGUCAUUUGUCUUUUGUUUGUGAGGCAAUAAUGCACUUUAUAUCAUCAAACAGGGUACAACUGGUUUUGCUUAAGGCCUUUGACAGGUCAAUUCAAGGUCAAGCUCAGUAUACACAAAAAGGAAACGUUUUGCCAUCGAACAUGACCUUAAAUUGUCAAAAGCUGUACAGGUCUCUUGACGUUAUUUUACAUUUCACCCACAGCACGACCUGGCUAGGAAGGCCAUCACUGACCUGGCUACCCUGUAUGGAACCUCCUACAGAUACGGCAGCGUUAUGACCACCAUAUGUAAGUGACAGGCCACUCACUUUCACAAAAAAUACAUGAAAGGCUACUUCUUAGGCUCAAUACAGCCACAACAAGGUCUAAUACAGGAACAACGUAUACAAAUAAUGUGCUUAUCUUCCAUUAGACCGAGCCAGUGGCAUCACUAUUGACUGGUCCUACAACCAAGGCAUCAAAUACUCCUACACCUUCGAGCUGAGAGACACUGGUCGCUAUGGUUUCAUCCUGCCAGCCAAUCAGAUCCUUCCUACAGCCAAGGAGGCUUGGCUGGCUCUGAUGGCCAUCAUGGAGCACACCAAGGACAACACCAACUAGAGGGGUCACCAUGACAAUCUACAAUUGUGUAUAUUUAUAUAUAUAUAUCUCUAUGAUACGAUCAUGUGAACGCCUGUGUAAAACAAAGUUAUGCUUGUCUGU